GUUGGAUAAGCGGAAGUGGAGGGAGCGUUUCCGUCGAGCGUUUUGUGCGCACUUGUUUGGAGGGUUUGCGAGAGGCAGCAGAGAUUUGAUUUUCAAAUGGAUAAAGAAUCAGAAGAGAGAAAGAUUCUUGAAAAAUUGGGGACUGCUUUAAAAGUUUCGGAUGGUGAUACAGAGAAGCAGAAUGUAUCUUCUGGCCAAUUAACUUGUGACUCAGCUUCGUGUAGGCUGUCCACGGUGGAUAGUGAUGUUUCAGGAGCUAGUGGCAAUGCUGAGAGGCUAUUAGAUGAUAAUGCUAAUGAUCAAGAGUUAGCAGAAGAACACUUCUUUGAAUGCAAGGAAACACUUGAGACUGAUGGAUUUGUGGAUGCGGAAGAAGAUGUAACAAAAUUGGAACAUCAGAAUGAUGAAACGAAAAUGCUUGAGUUUGACGAAGAAUAUUUACGAGAAUUGGAAAAAGAUCUGCCUGAAGAAGAGAAAAAGCGAAGACAAAACGAGAGUUUGAUGCUGAAAGAGGUUGGCAAUGGGCAGUUUAAAAAAGGAGAGUAUCCAGAAGCUGAGAACUCGUACACGGAAGCUCUUGGUAUUUGCCCAGCAUGCAACCAGAAAGAUAGAUCUAUUCUCUAUUCCAAUAGAGCAGCUGCUAGAAUGAAACUGGGUAAUAAGGAAGAUGCCAUAUCUGAUUGUACCAAAGCUAUCGAAUUAAAUCCGAAUUACAUUCGUGCUAUACUGAGGAGGGCAGAGCUCUACGAGAAAACUGAAAAACUUGAUGAAGCUCUUCAGGAUUAUAAAACUAUUGUAGAAAAAGAUCCAUCAAUAGUCCAAGCCAGAGAAGCCUGCAUGCGGUUACCACAACAAAUUGAAGAAAGAAAUGAGAAGAUGAAAGAAGAGAUGCUAGGCAAGCUGAAAGAUCUUGGCAACAUGGUUCUGCGACCUUUUGGCCUGUCCACUGACAACUUCCUGUUAAACAAGGAUCCAAACUCCGGCUCAUAUUCUAUCAACUUUGUGCAAAACCCAAAUAACAAUAAUAGAUAAUGCUUAUUACUGGCAACAGCUCAGUCUAAUGGUAUGCUGGAACAAAAUGUAGUUGUACAAUUAUAAAAUACUGCUUUUGUAGUCUCCCAGCAAACAGAUUUGUUCCAAUUAUUGCUGCAUUUUUGCAGGUACUUGUUUACAAGUUUUAAAAAACUUGAUUUGAGCUGCUUGUUGGAAGUAAAGGCAACAGUUGAAGCUAUAAGCUUUUUGUCAUCACAUUUGGAUAAGUAUUAAACCAAGUAUGAUUACGUCUUGGUGUUUGGACAUAUUUCUUAAUUUUCAUUAAAUGCAGAUGAAAAUCGCCAUGUAACCACUAGGUAGAUUUUUGUUUGAUAUGUGCAAACUACUGAUGAGAUGUCUAGUUGUGUACUGUUGAUCAUGCUGAAUAUCUCAUUAAAUUUACUGCCUUAUUUUCUGUGGAUUCUUUAAGAACAGAAUAAAGUUAGAAUAUACAUUGGUAUGAUUCAGAGAACUUACUGGAAAUAAAAAAAAUAUCAAAACUGUAAUUCACUUUGGUGAAACUUGCAUUCCUUUAGUAUGCAAAUAGAACUAACUACCUGUGCCUAACUAGGACAGCUAGCUUUCUUAUCCAAACAAUCUUUGGAAAGAGCAUCUUGCAUGGAUGAUGUUAUAAAGCAGAACACAAUAACCAUCUAGUUGGCUCAACAGAUCCACACUAUAUUGUUUAUGCUACACCUGUACUUCCUCCCAAUCUAUUCAUUUUUCUGUGACUUUGUCUUAAUUGCAUUUGUGCUGUUUACUUCAACUAUCCUUUGUGAUAGAAAUUCCACAUAUCUUGCCCACAAAAUAAAAACAAUGUCUUUUAUAUCUAUGGAUCAAAUUGAUUCACAAUCUUUCAGACCUCGUAGAAGGAAGCCAUUUGGCGCAUCAAAUCCAUACUGGCUCUGAGCAUUUCCAUCGAUCUUAUUUCCUUGUAAGCGAUUCACUCACACAUAGUCAUCACUACACCAUGGGUGAUUUACAGUAGCCAGUUACCAUGACAGCUAAUGCAUCUUUGGGUGUGGGAGGAAACCCACGUGCUUACAGGGAGAAUGUACAGACUCCAUAUAGGCAGCACCAGAGUUCAGAAUUGCACACAGACUGUUGGAGCUGUGAGGCAGCUGCAUUAUCUACAGUACUACUGUGCCACCCAGGGAGCUUAUUGGUUCUACCCUCAGCCUUUUUUGUUUUUGAACAUGGAGCUUUUUUUUUCCUCAUUCUUUCCUUUUGAGAUAUAACAACUUGGUUCUGAAAUCAUUCUAGUGGAUCAUCUCUGCAUCUUAUCUACUGCCUGUCUAUCUCCUUAACAAUAAAGAGAACAGAACAAUUCACAGUUAUGGUCUAACCAAUCUGCUGAAAAGAUUUUGCUUAGCUUCUUUGCUUUUCAAUUCUGCUCCUCUUGAAAUGAAGCCAAAGGCUCUUUUUAAUGUCCUGAUUCACAGUUUUAGUGAUUUUCCAUUUUAUACCAGCAGAUGUUUUCUUUCUCUGUCUCAUUUAGAAACAUACACUGAGUUUAUGGCUUCCCUGUUCUUGUAAUGAAAAUGUGAAACCUCACACAUUCAUUUUCCAAUUACAUGCUCAUUCUGCAAGGCUGUUACUGAUUUCCUGUAGCUUGUGACAUUUCUCUGUACUGUGACAAACCCACAUACACCACUCUCCCCACCCACCAAUACUUCAAGUCCAUUUUGUAUAUUAUAAUGGACAACAGUGAUCCCAGAAGCAAUAACUGUGGAGCACCACUUCCCACCUCUUACCAAUUUGGGUGAUCACUUUCAACCCCUGGUCUCUGGAUCUGUUUUUGCUAUCCAUUCUGCUACAUAUGCCAUGCUUGUAUGUGUUCUGCUCUUUUUCUUGUGUGUGCUAUGUGGUACCUUUAUGAAAUGCAAAUUUUAAAAACUAACCAUGUUGUCUUCUCUGUCACCCUUCCACCUCUUCAGUUACUUAAAAAAAUUUGUUGAGGUUGAUCAAGCAUGUUCUUCCCUAUUAUUCUUCAUUAUAUUUUUAGUUUCUGCAUGUUUUUCCAUUAUCUUUGAGAAAGUAUUCAGUUAUCUUUUCUAACACUGACAUUAAACUAAUUGAUCUAAAGUUUGCUGGGUUUGUUCUUUUUUUUAAAAAAAAUGGUAAUGGUUUUAGUCCUAUUAAAAUAGGCUUUAGGAAAGAGAUUUAGUUGGUUCUUUGAAUUGGUUAUUCAUUGUUUUUCCUUGAAAGUUUUUUGUGCUAUUAUCAACAUUACCUUGAGGUUUCUCUCAGUUUCUGAUACUGAUUGAUCCCACUAUGCUGCCCCAAGUGCAUGGGGAUUCAUGCUUGCAAAUGUUACAUUCUUUCCUGCAACUUCUCUUGGCCUGUUUCUCCUGUUGUGCACUGUUGAACAAUAAUGAAGUGUAUGAAACAGGAGGCGGUGCUAAAAGCCUGGGACUUGUCAUGUGCUUUCUUUAGAAAAUGCUUUGGGAUGGGGAAGGGCUAGAACACUCCAGCUGAAGUUCUCUCUGCUGCUUAGAUUUAAGAGGCUGUUAUAAUUUCUCUCAUUCUUUUCAAAGCGACCUGCUUUUUAAAGAAGCCUAAGGUAUAGUUACUGAAAGCAUUGUAAAACUUAGAAAACACAUUGAUCCAAAUCAUUUUAUAUGUUCAAAGUAGUAGUAGUUGUUUGCAGUAUGUUGCUUAAAAAAUUUGAAGAUGUCUUUUCCUUCUAUUACUUUAGCUGUUAAAGGCCUGCAGAAGCUAUUCUGCACAUGCAGACCUUUGUAAGUAUUAAGAUAAGCAGUCAGUAGGAGAACUGGGCUUACUCAUGUAAUCAUUUGCCAUUGUGGAAGGAAACAGCCAUGUGUUCUUGCUGUAUCUUUCUAUUCUGAAGACAAGUGAGGCAGCACCAUGACUUUUGAAUGUAUUGUAUUUAACAUGUUUUUAUAUUUUCAAA